UAUUGGUAUUUAGUUAGCGACAUCGCUUUCGUGAUAGUGACUCACACCAUAGAAACGUAAUUAAACGUAUUUAGAAAUUUAAAUACCUAACUCCUGACUUACAUGUUAUCUUACUGAUAGUUCACUUUACAGUUUUUUAUAUUUUUAAAUAUCUGAAACUAUGGCCCUCCGUAUUCCAUAUGCACCACUCAAGGUUGUUUUCUUCAUACAUCUCAUACUCAUGGUGUGGGCUUCAGAAUCCAUGUGGUUGCCUACAUCAUAUCUUGGAUACAACGGGCUGCUGCUGCUCAUGAUCCUAUGGACAAUUCACAGUCGGGACUCUGAGGAAGGACCAUUCAUGGGCAUCAUGGUAAACGCCGUGUCUAUUGUGCUGGACUUGGUUACCAUGGGCGUGUUCUGGCCAACGAGUCUUUCGAGCGGACUGCGGUGGUUUGGGAGUCUUUGUACUGUUGGUAAUUUGCUAAUGCGACCAAUUUCGAGUUACAUGCUCUACAGGAUACUGAUUGACCGAGCUGCGACCUACGGCAAUUUUUCCCUUCCUGCCGGCCUGGACAACCUCUUCCAAGGUACUGGACUUGGUGCCAGUCGAAAUCCUUACGAGGAUAUUGACCAGCCUUCCCAUUCCCAAACUUUGGGACCCCACACUCCCGACUCGGCCAUGCCGCCUCAGCAGCCUUACCAACCCAAGCCGCAAGAUCCGCUGAGUUACAACUCUGCUUAGGCUUCAUGACAGGAAAUUACCCUAGAACACAUGGGACAUACAAGUCUUUCCCCAUUCUUUAAAGUAAUAUAUUGCUGCUUUAUUGUUCCAUGGGCCGAACCAUUCCUUACUAAACCGAAAUCACUCGCUGGUAAAUUCGAAUGCUUGAACAUGUUUAUACCGGCUUUAGAGAUUAGAUUAGUGAUACUCUGCCUGGGUGUUCAUUCUCCAUCGAGCUGUGGAAUGUACGAUUUAUUUUUUUCAGAUAUUACUGGUGUUACUUUUCUAUUACAUUAGUUGAAUGGAAUUGUUUCAAAAUUAAGAUAGUCAAAUCAGGUCGUAUCUUACUUUGUAUCAAACUUUGACCGAUUCUAUUGUAAUCUUAAAGCCGAAGUCUCUACGUUGCAGUCUUAUGUAAUCAAGAUCUUGUAUUCUCGUUUAAAGUUUUCUAGCGAUAUGUCGUGCAGUAUAUUGAUAGCUAAGUUUUCGUAAUUGUUCUCUACUUUUUGGUCUACUUUGUAGAAGUUGGUGGCUGUAGUAUAUUCUGCACAAACGUGCGUUAAAGUUUUAAGAAUUUUUCUCAUUGCUGAUGGCCUGCAAUCUCGCUAAAUAUUGGAAUAUUUUAUUGAGUGAAUUAAGCAAUGGUUGCAGGUUUUAUGUUGUGUUUAUUGUUACUAUUCCUGAACAUAUUUAAAAACGUAAGCCAAUAUCUUUGUUCUCUAUCUCGAUCUCUUGUUAGAUCAGCCCAAUUUUGUGAUAUCUCAAUGCCGUUAUACAUUCCAGUAUAUUAUCUCCUUGGGUGUUUUCAGUGAUAUUUAAAUUUUCAAUAAUCAUAAUUUUCUGUGGGCGUAAUAAUAGAAUCUCUGUUUUGCAAGUGCUUAAUGCAUGAUCUCGUGCAUCAGCUAAAUUUUUACUCAUGAUAGACUUUUAUAUUGUAGUUGCAGUCAAGAAAUUUAUUGUCGAUUAUACAAUAUAUAUUUCACGACAUCAGGCGUACCUGAUCAAUGGUUGUACUGAUGGUCUCAAUCGCGCCAUAUCUGAAAAGUAUAGAUUACGUUUGUAAUGAGUUUUUUAGCUCACUUUUGAAUUAUUUUAUGAUUAAAAUGUAAUAAUUACUCUUUUUCUAGUCGCAGGCGUCGCACUCGAUGUUGGUGCUCAACAUUCCUGCUUGUAGGUGCGCCAUCUUGCUUUGCUCAGUGUUCUUAUUAGUUAGCUAUUAUAUUUGUAGUCUCGUAUUGCUUGCCAAGGUCUUCUUGUAAGCUAACGUGUGCUUUUUGAGCUUAGUUAUCUCGAGUUUGUUUUAGGUAAUUUGCUUUAAGCAAAACACACGUUUGUAUAGCAAAUCUCCAUGACAUUGUUUGCCGUCCGUUUGGGUUGGAAAGUGCCAUUUAAAAUGGGUUGGUUCAUCAAGCUAGUCACCUUGAUAGGUGAUUCGCAUUUUAUCUUGUAUUUUGCUUAGUUUUAAUACCUCAACGAUGUCAAGCUGCUGUGUUUGAGCUUCUUUUGGCGAUUCGAUGGUUCUGAUUAAAGUCAACUAGUAGCCGUUGAUACUAGGUAAUUUUUCUAUUGUAUUUUCAUGUGUUGUCAUUAUUCUGCGUGUUCAUCAUAAAUGUAUUUGCAUAAUGAAGGUAAGAGCCGAGCUCAUUGUUGAGGGAGCUAGAGUCUCUGACCAGCUAGUUUCUUUACGUAAAUCAUAACUGCCUUGUACCAAAUUAAAAUUGAAUUGAACUCGAGUGCGUUCUAAUUGAGAUACGUUCUUCAGUAGCUACUGGCCGAAUGGAAAGAAGGAAUGGUCUAGAAAAUAGUUUGCGGUGACGUACAUUCCGUUUAUUUAUUGCAUGAAUAGUCAACAAGCGAACAGUAAAAAAAUAUUUCGUAACAACACGUGCACUAUGUUUUACAUGCUCGAUUUUGGAAAUAAAGCAAAAGUGACCAAGGAGAAUUUCAUCGGGUUAGAUGUAAUAUUUUUCUUUCACGUCCAUUUGUAUACAUUUAUUGUCCUACUAAUAACGCGUUGUUUCCCAUUAAACCCUGUCUCAUUGAAGAUGAAAUGCAUAGAAAUGCCUUACUAGUCAUCUUAUUCUUCAUCCUCAAAAAACCAAUUGUGGAUACGAGUAAAUCCAUUCGCUGCAUCAAAGUCCCCUCGUUCAAAAAAUGAAUAUUCAGUGGAGCUGCAGCGUCAUAGGUGUAUGUAUGCCGAUGGCUGGACUAUAAAUCAUGUCUUAUUACCAAGUCAGAAUUGAAGAGGCUCAAAAUUGCAGGGCGAAACUUGAGAAGUGCAUUUGCAAAGCUUACGACGUUAGAAGAGAUUUUAGAGACGUGAGCAUCGAAGGCAAGUUGCUGAAGAGAACGGCAGCUGAGCUCGCAUUACAUUCAUGUACAUUCUCAAGAGAAGCUCAUGCGUUCAUCUCAUCUCCUACUGUGCUUUUAAAACUACGAAUUUAUAAAUGCGCCUAAGUUGUUUAUCUCAGAAAAUGUCUAAUUAUGAGGGAGUUCAUACAGAAAUACUAUCUCACUAUAAAGAGAACCAGCUGAACAACGUUACGCUAAAACACGGUUAAUUUUUAUUAGCUAUUAAAUUAGUAAUUAUAUCCUUCGGAAUUUGUGUCUUCAUUGUUGGAAUACGGAAAAAGGUGAACAUUUUAGUGUUAAUUUAAGAUGCACGUGAUGAAAACUUAAGUCGCUGGUACUUCGAAUCUCUUUGUAAUAGUUUGUAUCGUAUCUAAUAUAUUGAAGGUUGCUUGUCCGUAAAAGAAUAAUAAUUUGCACGAGUAUAAUAGAAAGUCACCUCUGAACACC